CGUGGUCGUCGAUGUACGGGAACAUAAACAUGCAUAGAUAAUUUUUGGUUAAUAUUGAUAAAGGUGCUAAGUUAAUACUAUUAUUAUACAUAAAUGAUAAGCCAAAAAUUAAAACUAAAAUUUAUAUAUAAUUUUAUUUACCGUGAUGUGCACAUACGCUUAUUUUCUGUCACCGAAGUGAAUAUAGUCAAAAGCGUCGUCAAGCGAAGUAGAGUUUCGUCCCUGCUAAUGGCGGACGCUCAUAUUUUGGAAGUUUCGUGAUUCUAUUGUUCUGUUUUCAAAUAUUAGACCAAAUAUUUAUUCGGAAAUGAGUUUUAGUAUGAGUGUUUAUACGUUAUAGUGAUAUAAAUGUGCUAGUGAAAUUAAAUGUUCUAUUUGAACAUGACAAAAGCGUCCGCUAGAUAUGUAACCUUUUCCAUAACCUCGUUUAUCCGAAUGGAGUAGAUAUGUGAUCGAUGUGUGUGCGUCGGUGAACGAUUUUUCGUCAUUUUGCGUUACUAAAAGUGCAAAGUUAUUUUGCUAUCUAGUGAUGGAAGUGCUCGCGUCGUGGUUUUGCAAUCCGACGCCCGUUUUCGAUGUAACGUAAGUGAGCCGGUCGAUUAGUUGACCUAGUGUCAGCCGAACAUGGCUGCGACACAGGCAGAGUCUCAGCGAAGUGAAUCAAGUGUAGAUCAGAAUCCAUCGGAACAGCUCAGUGAAUCUCGGAACGCUCUGUUACAAAAUGGCACCGACAAGACCGUCGGGCGCGUUCCGCCCGACGGCGUAGUGAACACAAAGAGUAAACCGCCGAUGUCGGCCGAUUCCGGCCAGCCGCGUGACGCUGGCGAGUCACCUGGCCUAGAUCGGAGCGGAGAGCGCCCGGGACCGGAUCAAUACGGGUCCUACCGCUACCCGGAUGGCGCGGACCCGUACUAUUCGGCGCGGCCCGGUUUUCCCGGCAAACCGCGGCCCCCGCCGCAGCAGCGGUUCUUCCCGGGCCAGGCGGUGUCGCAGGCCCCCGGCCCGACACCAACUCUGAAUUCUUUGCUGCAAUCUAGUGGUGCUCCUCCGCACCGAUAUCCAAAUAGCUACGACCAGCCCCCUGCGGGCUACGGUCCGGCCCCUGGAUGGCCGCCUCCUCGACCUAUGUCUUAUCCUCAAGGCGGUCCCUAUAGAAAUUCAGCGCCUCCGCGUGGCUACGGCGGGCCGGUGUACGCGGGCGCGCCGGGCGGGCAGCCGGGCUCGUACGGCCCGCCCGGCGCGUACCCGCCACGGUACGGCCCGCCGCCGGGCCCUCCCGGCCCGCCAGGCCCGCCGGGUCCGCCCGGUGCGCCCAACUCGAGGCCGCCCUUCUCGCCGCACUCGGGUUACGAGAGGGGCGGGUCCCCGCAGCCGUCGCAUCCGCCGGGCGCCCCGAGCCCCGGGGCCAGCGCGCCCGGCGGUCACUCGCCCACUCAGGACGCGCAGCACCCCCAUCUGCCGCCGGGAAGUCAGCCCCCGCACCAGGGUUACUCACAACAACCGCGACCACCUCAGCCGUCCACGCCAAACGCCCAUGAACAAGAUUCGGAUCUGACCGGUCAGAACAGCAAUGACUCGGGCGGCAGCGGCGGCGCCGGGCGCGCCACCACGCCGCACCUGAGGCCCACGCCGAGCCCCACCGGCUCCAGUGGAUCGCGAUCCAUGUCACCGGCUGUUGGAACACAAAACGUACCGAUGCCCCCGCGACCGUCGUCGUCGCUGUCGGACGGCAGCGGGGCGGCGCGGCCGGCGCCCCCGCCCGCCGCGCCCCCCGCCAUGCUGCCGCAGCCCUACCCGCACCACCCCUACAAGCAGGGCUACCCGCCGCAGCCGCCGUACCCCUACCCGCCGCGGAACCACCACCCCUACCCGUACGGGUACCGGCCGACGCCGCCGCCGCAUCCACAACAUUAUCCGCCGAUGAAGGGCGUGGGUGUCCGACACAUGGGUCCGCCGGGCGAGGCGAUGGGCCCGCCGACGGCGCCGGGAGAGCACGACAACGGCCCCGCCCCGAGCGCGCCCGCCACCGCGCUCGUCACCACCGGGCCCGACGGCGCGCCGCUCGACGAGGGGUCGCAGCAGAGCACGCUCAGCAAUGCUUCCGCUGCGUCAGGCGAAGAGUGCGGGACGCCGAAGCGCAAGGAGUACGGCAGCGCGGCGCCGUCGCCGUCGCCCGGCGGGGCGCACGCGCACGACGACUACGACGCCGCCCCCUCGCCCUGGCCCCGCCCCCCGUCCAGUCCCGUGUUUAACAGCCACAUUCCACCGGAGUCCUACAGAUCAAAGAAGUCGGACUCGCUGGGCAAGCUGUACGAGAUGGACGACGCCCCCGAGCGGCGCGGCUGGGUGGAGCGGCUGCUGGCGUUCAUGGAGGAGCGACGCACGCCCAUCGCCGCGUGUCCCACUAUCAGCAAGCAGCCGCUGGACCUGUAUAGGCUGUAUCUGCUGGUGCGCGAACGUGGCGGUUUCGUUGAGGUGACAAAAAACAAGACGUGGAAGGACAUAGCCGGUCUGCUCGGCAUAGGCGCGUCGUCGUCCGCGGCGUACACGCUCCGGAAGCACUACACGAAGAAUCUGCUGGCGUACGAGUGCCACUUCGACCGCGGCGGCAUCGACCCGCAACCCAUCAUCAACCAGGUGGAGGCCAGCACCAAGAAGAAGAGCGGCAAGUCCAACAGCACGAGCAGUCCAGGGUCGUCGAACUCAUCAGAACAGUUCCAAUCGGGCGGGGCGCAGGGCGGCGCGCCCAUGGAACAGUAUCCCGCCCACUACCCGCCCUACCCGCCUCAGCCUAACCAGCCGCAAGGCGGCGGGCCGGGUGGGGACAACCUCGCCGCCUCCAACCCGUUCGACGAGCCGCCGGGGCCGAGGCGACCCCCAGGCUACCAACAGAAUUACGGGUACGAAUAUGGAUCUCCUUACCCCACGAACAGGCCUGUGUAUCCACCUUACGGUCCUGAAGGUGAUAGGGGUUACGGUUCGGGCGGCGAGUAUCGGUACGGCGGUUACGGGGGCGCGUACCGGGCGGGCGGGCCGGGGGGCGGGGCCGCGGCGCCGGGGCCCGCCCCCGCGCCCCCCGCCAACAGCGCCCCGCCCGCGCCCGCCCCCUACCCCGACUACUACCGCGCGCCGCACCCGCAACACCCGCCGCACCCGCAGCACCCCCCGCAUCCGCCCCACCCCCCGCACUCGCCGCACCCGCCUCAGCAGCCGCAUGAGAUGUCCGGCGCGUCGUGCCUCAUGAGCUCGCAGCUCGCGCGACAGCUGGUCGCCCCUCUGCCGCCGCCCGUCCGCCAUUACGGUGGAGGCGGAGCGAACGCAGCGGCGGCGGCGGGAGCGCCGCGGCGGCACCCGGACUUCGCGAAGGUGGAGGGCUACAGUGGGCAGGGCGGCGCCGGUGGUGGGCGGUUCCCCAGCGGCGCGUGGGGCGGGCCCUUCCCCCGCCCCGCCAACCCCGCCUGGCGCCCGCCCGCGCCACACGUCCAGAUGCACCCCUGGCCGCAGCAGCCGCCGCACCAGCCAUACCAUCCGCCGAGUGGGCCCGCGUGGGGCGCGCCGCGACCGACGCCGGACCUGCCGCCCGCCGCUCCCUCGCCCGGAGCUUCGGGAGUCGGGCAAAUAAAGAGGGAGCUGACGUUUCCCCCGGACUGCGUGGAGGCGACGCUGCCGUCCGCCGAGAAGCGGCGGCGGCUGACGAAAGCCGACGUGGCGCCCGUCGACGCGUGGCGUAUCAUGAUGGCGCUCAAGUCCGGCCUGCUCGCCGAGACCUGCUGGGCGCUCGACAUUCUCAACGUGCUUCUGUUCGACGACAGCUGCAUCGGCUACUUCGGCCUGCAGCACAUGCCAGGCCUGCUCGACCUGCUGCUGGAGCACUUCCACCGCACCCUGGGCGACGUGUUCGAGGCGCCUGCCGGCGAGCGCGAGCCGUGGUACGCGGCGCCGCCCAGCCCCGCGCCUGCGCCCGCCCCGGCGCGCCGCGCCGACCCGCCCGACCCCGCCCACCGCGUGCGCCUGCUCGCCGGCGAUAACUACACGCUCGAGACGCGCCGCCGCACGCCCGUCGCCCUCGCGCCCCGCGCGCUCGACGACCCCCCUGACCCCGACCCUACCGACGCUGACUCUGACGCUCCGGACCUCCACGACGACCUACACCUGCAGUUCGGCGGUGACUGCGGCGGCGUUGCCCACCUCACGCCCUGCUUCCGCGCCGACCUCGUGCAUCCGCCCUUCGCGCGCGUGCUGCCCGGCCGCCGGCGCCCCGAGCCCGCCGCCCCCGCGCCGCCCGCCGCCACGCCCGCCGCCACCCCGCCGCCCGCCGAGCGCGCGCCCUCGCCCGCGCCCGCGCCCGCCGACGCCGACAACCUCGAGGCUGAGCCGAUGGACAUCGAGCCCGAACGCCGGCCGCAGCUGCAGGUGCGCGAUCCCGCCGGCGUGCUCAAGCGCCGCCGCCUUUCGGACUACGAGGACGAGUGCUACACGCGCGACGAGCCCAGCCUCAACCUCGUCGGCGAGGCCCGCGACUCGCUCGCGCGUCGCUGCGUCGCGCUGUCGAACAUCCUGCGCGGGCUAACGUUCGUGCCCGGCAACGAGGUCGAGUUCGCGCGCUCGCCCGCCUUCCUCGCGCUCGCCGGCAAGCUGCUACUGCUGCACCACGAGCACGCGCCGCGGGCGGCCCGCGCGCGCGCCUACGAGCGGGCGGCGCGCGACGACGCCGACGCUGACGCCUGCUGCUCGAGCCUGCGGGGCGAGGCCGAGUGGUGGUGGGAUACGCUGGCGCAGCUGCGGGAGGACGCGCUCGUGUGCUGCGCCAACGUCGCCGGUGCCGUGGAGCUGGUGGCGCAGCCGGAGGCGGUGGCCCGACCGCUACUGGAUGGACUGCUGCACUGGGCCGUGUGCCGGGCGGCGGUGGCGGGCGACGCGCCCCCCGCCGCGGGCGCCGCGUCGCCGCUGUCGCCGCGGCGGCUGGCGCUCGAGGCGCUGUGCAAGCUGUGCGUGACGGACGCCAACGUGGACUUGGUGCUGGCGACGCCGCCGCGCGGACGGCUGGAGGCGCUGUGCGCGGGGCUGGCACGCGACCUGUGCCGGCCGGAGCGGCCCGUGGUGCGCGAGUUUGCGGUGAACCUGCUGCACUACCUGGCGGGCGCGGGCGGCGGCGCGGCGCGCGCGGUGGCGGCGCACGCGCCGGCGGUGGCGCAGCUGGUGGCGUUCAUCGAGCGCGCGGAGCAGACGGCGCUAGGCGUGGCCAACCAGCACGGCGUGGCGGCGCUGCGCGACAACCCGGACGCCAUGGGCACGUCGCUGGACAUGCUGCGGCGCGCGGCGGCCACGCUGCUGCGCCUGGCGGAGAUCCCGGACAACCGGCCGCUGAUCCGGCGCCACGAGCGGCGGCUGCUGUCGCUGGUGAUGUCGCAGAUCCUGGACCAGAAGGUGGCGCACGAGCUAGCGGACGUGCUGUGGCAGUGCAGCCGCCGCGACGACUGCACGUAGUGCGCGCGCGGCCCGGCCGCUCCCGGCCGCUGUCGGCGCCGUCAGACACUCAGUGUAUAAUAAUUCGUAAUUUUGAUUUUUAUAAUAAAAUGGGACUUGAAUCUUU